AUGUAUGUAGUGAAUUUGAAGAACAAACAGUAUGAUUAUCUUGACAGCCUUUACCCUGACGAACUUGAUUCCAAGUUUCGUGCUGUUGCGGAUAUGGUGGUCCGCUAUGUCACAGAAUACAUUCCUGCCUGUAGACAAGAGCCCUUCAAAUUUGAAGAAUUCAAGUGGGUUAGAAUGCGAGGGGUGAGACAACAUGGUGGGCAUGGUGGGGUUGACUGUGGUGUUUUUGCUAUGAAUUUUGCUGAGUUUUGGGAAGGCAAACUGGUGCCAGCUAUGAGGAAGUGGCAAAAACAAAUCAAUCAGAUGCGGGAUGAGAUCACAUUAACAUUGCUGCUGAACGAGGAGAACAAUUUACUUGAACAGCUAAAGAAGAAGAGUUUGGAGUUUGAUCGCAAGGUGGACUAG